CCAUGUACUCGGUAGAUUGAAGUACUCCAUAGUGAUAGUUAUACUACAAUCUAGUUGAAAGCCGCCAACAACAAGAAAUACAAAUGUAAAGAAUACCUCCCACUGAAAACCACUCAUUUACGACUGCUCUGCGCGCAAACCCAGAUCUUCAUGGUCAAGGAACAACCAGUAUAUUCGCUGGAGCAGAAAGAAAGAAAAAGCCACUGGUGGGGGUCAUCCACUUACCUUAAAAUGACCUUGUGGAAGUCUUAUGCGCUACCGAUUGCGGCACAAGGGAUUCCUUGGUGGAUGUCAGCUCUACUUUUAUGUAUUUCAGCUCGCAUUCGUUGUAAUCAGUGCCAGAUAUUGGAAUAGAGAAGCUUGUGAGAGAAGUCCUUCAUGUGAAGAAAGACCUAAAUUAGAUGUAAAACAAUUGAAAUGUCUUAG